AUGGCUGCUCUAUUGCCAUCAACGACCCGGCUCUUACGCCCCUCACGAACAAUUCCACGGCUUUUGUUUUCUCCGACAGGUCCAGUAGCCUGGCUCCAUCAACAUGGACCCUCGCGCUCCGCCGUUGUUCACGAGCAGGCUAUCCCACAAGCCCAGAAUCAAGUGCCUCCGGUCAACAGCUCAUCAUGUCCUCAUAAGCAUGGAGAAUCAGGAAACCUGGAGACCCUAAUCUCCCGCAUGCCCCUGGUCCAAUCCCUUCGCAGCCCCCAAAGCGCUUACAAAGAAUCCAUCCCCCACCUGGCCAUUCCCCCGGCGAUUCGCCAACAUCACCUCGUCGGCGGCAGUCUCGCCGGCCUAGGCAAGCUAGCCCUCGCUCCAUACAUGUGGACAAGCUCGACAUGUGCAUCUGAGCCCAGGGCCCCCGAUGCCUCGUCCCACCCCAAAGCCAGUAGCGUUGUUUCCGUCUUCCACAUCGGCCGCGAUCUUUGCGGACACCCAGGCUUCGUGCACGGAGGCUUGCUAUCGGUGCUGUUCGACGAGGUCUUCGCGCGCUGUGUGUCUGCGGCGUUCCCUAGUGGACUGGGUAUGACGGCGAACCUGAAUGUCGAUUUCCGGAAGCCGGCGCUCCCAGACAGAUUGUACGUGUUGCGGGCGGAGACGACGAAGGUCGAGGGACGGAAGGCGUGGGUGGCGGGGAAGAUGAUUUGUCUUCCUUUGCCGGUGGGUUCGGAGGCGCGUGAGGUGUCGGAUGUAGGGCUUUUGGAAGAGGAUAGUCCGGGGGCUGUGAUGGUUGCGGAGGGAAAGGCUUUAUUUGUGGAGCCGAAGUUUGCUAGCGUGAGUCUGCUUUCUUAG